CCAGCAGGCGGAGGAUUCCGGAUUCCGUUCUGCCUUUUGUUGGGUGAGGAGCGCCAGGCAAACGCGUCUACCUUGGCUUUGGAAGGAAGCUGUUGGACCGUCCACCCCCGGCCACGGCCCCGGAUGACUAGGAGGCAACCGGGGACUGGGGGAGGUAGAACCCGGGACCGCGGAGCUCCGCGGUCCACCCGAGGCCCCGCAGCGGGGACCCCGGAGUAAGUAGGGGACCGGCCGCGCUGCGGCGGGAGGGGGCGGGCGGGCAGAUCCCACCCCUUCCUGAAGGAAGCGCCCUCCCCGCCGCGACUGCCGCCGCCGCCACCACCGCCGCCACCGCCACCGCCGCCGCAGGUCACGGCCCGCGAGCCGCUGCCGCUCGGAGCAGUGGCGCAGGCAUGGAUGGGAAGAAAUGCAGCGUGUGGCUGUUUCUACCUCUCGUGUUUACUGUGUUUACUUCAGCUGGCCUGUGGAUAGUGUACUUUAUAGCCGUGGAAGAUGACAAAAUUUUGCCAUUAAAUUCAGCCUCAAGGAAACCUGGCGUGAAGCAUGCUCCGUACAUUAGUUUUGCAGGCGAUGAUCCUCCCGCCAGUUGUGUGUUCAGCCAAGUAAUGAACAUGGCCGCCUUCCUAGCCCUCGUGGUAGCUGUUCUGCGCUUCAUCCAACUGAAACCAAAGGUUUUAAACCCAUGGCUGAAUAUUAGUGGAUUGGUGGCGCUGUGUCUGGCUUCCUUUGGAAUGACCUUGCUUGGUAACUUCCAGCUCACAAACGAUGAAGAAAUCCAUAAUGUGGGGACAUCCCUGACCUUUGGGUUUGGCACAUUGACCUGCUGGAUCCAGGCUGCCUUGACACUCAAGGUCAACAUCAAGAAUGAAGGCCGGAGAGUUGGGAUUCCUCGAGUUGUUCUGUCGGCUGUGAUCACGCUCUGUGUAGUCCUGUACUUCAUCCUCAUGGCCCAAGACAUCCACAUGUAUGCAGCGCGGGUCCAGUGGGGCCUCGUUAUGUGCUUCCUGGCAUACUUCGGCACCCUGGCCGUGGAGUUCCGACACUACCGCUAUGAGAUCGUGUGCUCUGAGUACCAGGAGAAUUUCCUGAGCUUCUCGGAGAGCCUGUCAGAAGCUUCUGAAUAUCAGACCGACCAAGUGUAACCCAUCAGUUUGUCCUUGGGAGAUACGGUGGGUGUGACAACAGAGGAGGGGCCAGGAGGAUACACUCACGAGACUUUGACACAUCACCUCAUGACACGUUUCACACCCGCGGACACAUAUUCGUGGCCACAUUUGCCGAAAGAGCUUUUCAGGGCGGGUUAUUUCUUUCGUGAACAAGCACAAGCCCUGAUGUGUGGAAAUACACGCUGUCACACUGAAAAAAAAAUAUGCACGACCGAGCCGGAAGUUUGUGCAUGAUCGCCUCCCGUCCCACCCUCCCAGUAUGCCUUGCUCCUCUCAUCUUCGUCACGUUUCGAACCUGGCAUCUUCCUCCAGCAGAGUACGGCUGACCAGAUGUACCAUAAGAAUGAUGCCAACUCCCGAAGUCGCCUUCAGGUUCGAAGGGCCUGGAGUGAGCCUGGGGGAGUUGUGGACACCCGCGUAGCGUCUGUCGGGAUGCACAACACACUGAAGCUGUGACUGUGGCCUGAGGAAGGCGUGGGCAGAGCUUUGCGGCCAGGCUGACUUCACCACCGUUCAGCGCUCGGCUUUGUGGAUCCAGUGGAAGGAGCAUGGACGCAGAGAACAUGCGCGAGAGGGGCCCACCACCGCCAUUUGGACUGGGCUCACUUUGCCUGAAAAAGAUCUCCAACUCUGAACGUUCGCAGGGAUAGGCUGCCAGGCAUGGCACGGGUACAGUCGAGAGGGCACGGUUUAGUUUUUGCUUUCACGCUGUGUCCUGCACAAUUUUGGGUUUAUAGCCCUCCUUUUCUUUUUUUCUCAUGGUGUCUGUAGGCCUCAUGAACAAGAUGUGAACCAAAAUCAAGAACAUUGUUUUGGUUUCAGUUUAUGGUUGAAGCAAAAAAAAAAGGGGGGGGAUUCUCAAAGGAGCACAAAGAAAUAUGCACAGGGGUGGGGGUGGUGAGGUAUGAGGGUGCCUGUGAGCUUUAGGAAAGACAGAAGGUUGGAAUUCUUGCUGUAUAUCCCAGCCAGUGGGGAGACUUUCACAUAGAUGUGUUCCCCAAAUUUUAUAGUUCAGUGUCUGAGGCCUUUUCAAAUUUGGAAUUUAUAGAAGCAAUUAAAACAUCGUCCUCCCCCAAACCACACUAGUACAAACAGAACCACAAUGCUGAACAUGGGUGUCUCACCUACAAGUUCAGAAGUGAUCUAGGAUGACCUUGAAGUCAUCCUAGAUCCCUUGUGCCAACAGUGUGCCAAGUGCAUAAGUGACAUCACCAUGACCCUGACCAAGUGCACUGUCUCAAGAAAUCCCAAAAGUCACAGGGGCCUGGUAUACCCCAGAACAUAAUGUGAAGAAUUUUGUAAAUUCAGUCCAAAGUAUAGCUUCCCACGGAGGGGCUCAAAUGUUGGUUCACUUAAAUCUGCACCCCAAAGCACACUGAGUAAGCGUCCACUGAACAGGUUGUUUCCGAGUGGAGGUAAGGAGUAUCAAAGAGAUUCGAAGCUGAGUGACUGGGAAUGGAAGCCAUCUCAAGUGAGGAAGGAGAAGAGAAACAGGGUGAGACUCCCUCGGCGGUGAAUGUGAGCCCGCCCCAGCAGAGUGUUCUUAUCGAAAAGGCGGUAAGAGUUCUUACUGUAAAUAGUAUGGGGUGACAUCUCGGUUUAAAACUGCCUUGGGCUUUCUUUUUCUUUCUUUUUUAUAUUUUAAAGAUUUUUUAAUCAAAGAACAAACAGUUUUAUUUUAAACAGCUUUGGUGAUGCACUCGUCUGCUGUCUUAGGACUAUAUGUAACUGCACAUCUUAGCAGAAUCUAGCAAAGUCUGGCGUUACUCACUGGGAUCUGGCCACUAAAUAAAGUUGUUUUU